CAUAUAAACGACAUGAUUCUAUCUUCUUUUGUUUGUUUUUAUCCUUAGUAAACUUGUCUCAGCAUCAUUUGAUGAUAUUUAGUUGCUCAACUAAUUCAAUUGUGAAAAUUUUUCUUUUAGACAAAUUUUUUUCCAAACGCUUAACGAAAUUAUUCAUGGCUGGACAUAAGAUUAAAUUACAAUCCAAUGACGGAGAUACGUUCGAUGUCGAAGUAGAAAUCGCCAAACAAUCUGCGACGAUCAAGACAAUGUUAGAAGAUCUUGGCAUGGACGAAGAAGAAGAUGUAAUUCCUUUACCAAAUGUUAAUUCGGCGAUUUUGAAAAAAGUAAAUCUCUUUUGUCUUGAUAAAAUGA